UCCGCCGAAAAGCAUCAUGGGAUGUGUAGUUCAGGACACACAGCAACAAGGUGCACGAGUAAAACACCCGCUACACGGUUAUGGCAUUUAGUUUUAAUUUUGAUAUUUCAUUGCGGUUAAAGCAGAACUGUAACAAUAACAGCACGCUGGAUGAGAAAGAAGAAAAUGAAAAUCAAGAUACGACGAAGAACCAAAGCCAGGUUGAAGAGGCCAGUACACCUAAGAAGGUGAAGGAAGCUCAAGAGCAUAAACAUGCACCAGAUCUUCUUUCCAACAUUGAGAACUCAGUCCCUGAGACAGUCACUAUAGGUUCAUUACCACCUCUUCUUUACCUCAACGAAUCUGUUUUUGAGCAAACUGCUCCUGAGCGAGACGAUGCUGAGAAGGUCCUGUCUCAAACCAUCACCCAAAACACUGAUCUUAUAACCGGAGUGUAUGAAGGAGGACUUAAAAUCUGGGAAGGCACCUAUGAUCUGCUCGAGUAUAUAGAUGAUGAAGGGGAGAUGUUCUCUGGAAGAAGGGUGUUAGACCUGGGCUGUGGCGCAGGGAUCCUUGGCAUUCUUGCAUUAAAGAGAGGUGCAAGCAAAGUCCACUUCCAGGAUUAUAACAGCACUGUGAUCGAGCAGCUUACAAUCCCAAAUAUAUUCCUCAACUGUGAGGAAGAGGGUGGUGAAGAGAAUAGAGGAGAUGAAGAUGACAGCCCAGCACCUAAACGACGAUCUAUGGAGAAAAAUCACACACUCGUAGAUCGGUGCAGUUUUUUCUCAGGGGACUGGGUUUCGUUUCUCUCACUGAUACAAAGUCAAGAUCCCACAUUGAAAUAUGAUCUGAUCUUUACAUCAGAAACGAUUUACAACACAGAUUACUAUCCUUCUCUUCAUGACGUGUUUCAGAAAUUGCUUUCUGAGCAUGGUUGUGUCUAUUUGGCAACCAAGUCUCACUAUUUUGGAGUUGGAGGUGGACUGUAUUUGUUUGAAAGGUUUGUGGAAGAAAAAAAUGUAUUCCAAAUCAAAUCUUUAAGGGAACUGGAUCAGGGACUUAAACGGCACAUUGUUUCUUUGAGGUUCAAGAAAUCACUCUUGUAGUACUUUAUGUGCUUGUAAGAUCAAUUAUAUAAUACAAAGGCUAUCAUUAUUACAACCUUGAAGGAAAAUUCAUUCCUUAAAUGUAUUGAAUAUGUUCACAAUUAAAUGCUUGUAAUACAACUAGCAAUUCUAGUGCUGUAUUUUCUAGGGAUGCACCGAUCCAAGCAUUUUGAGUGGAUCGGGUAUCGGUGGUGCGUGACCGAUCCAAAUCCGAUACCCGUGGUCAUGGGCGUCGGAACCAUUAUAUGUGCGUGGGACAGGACCCACCCACUUUAAGACCAAUAAUAUUGGACCCACCCACUUUUACCGUCUCUAUUCAGCACAUAAUGUCUUUUUUUAUUACUUUUCAGAGCGCCGCCAGUCGAAUCCAUUCUGCUUGAGGAAUUCCCUAAAUUAAACUCUAUUCCACUAUUACCUACAGCAUUGACCACGCUCCUGCUUCCUGAAAUCCAUGGGCGUUGGAACCAUUAUAUGUGGGUGGGACAGGACACGCCUACUUUUUUAUUUACUUCCGACGCCCAUGCCCAUGUGUUGGUUGAAUAAUGAACAGCAAUCAUAGACUAUUGCUUAAACUUACACCAACAUUAACUUAACUUACAUUAAUGAAAAUAAAUAUAAUAAAUUUUAUAGGAAAUAUGUUGCACAACCACCUGCGACAGACAGGCAAGUUUAGCAGGCGCCCUUUUCAUUUACCUCAGCGCAUUAAACAUGUUGCUUAUGUGGGUGCAAGGUUUACUGUUUCAUACAUUUUGCAUUGUGUUUCAAAAGUUCUAAUUUAAGAAUAACUUUAAAAUAUUGCCUUUUCUUUAGAAAAAAAAAUUAAUUUAAUAAUUGCAGUAUAUAUGGUUUAUAUUGUUCUUUGCCAGAAACAAAUAAAUCUUAAUAACUAAGCGAGUUGUAUACAUUCUUUAUUUUUAAAGGUAGAAAAGAACACAGAUAUCGGAUCGGUAUCGGCCGAUACCGGUAAACGCUGGUAUCGGAACGGAAGAGAAAAAGUGGUAUCGGUACAUCCCUAGUAUUUUCACUAUAUUGUGAGAAAUUAGGGGUUAAACAUAAGAGUCUGGUUAUUUUUCCCCUCACUUGCCAUUUUUGAACAGUAUCCAGUGCAAUGCAGCUAUAUGGUACAGUCUUGCAGAGUUAUGGCAGUUUAGCUGAUUAAAGAUUGAAAAACAACAAAAAAAGUCUAAACAUUCUAACAAAUCUUUAAAUGAUUACACAUUAAUUAUACUGAUCAGCAUGCUAAUCCUUCAGGGUGGAUUUGUCCUUUAAACUCUGCUUUGGCUUGAACUUUGCAUGCAUCUAUGCUGCCCUCUUCAUAUUGUAUUACUAAACCUCACCUUGAAGCAAAGGGUUGCCAGGCAUCUAACGAGCAAGUAUUAAAUGUAGUGUUCAGCAGA